AUGUCAGAUCGAUCAGGAGACAGACCUGAUCCGGAGGACGUUGAAGCUACGCCCUAUUCACCGUACGAGAAUGAGCUGAUAGCAGAGUCAGGCCGAGUCCAGGGCGAUGGUCGCGUUAAGAUCAAUCUCGACUCAACAGUCGCAAGAGCGAUUGCUGAAAGCAUCAAUUACCAGCAAGAACUUCGCCGGGAGUCCAGCGAUUAUGGCCAGAGAGUUGCCCAGGCACGAUCAUUUAAUUUAAAACUAAACAUAGUGAUCCAAAUUGUGGGAAGCCGUGGAGAUGUGCAGCCGUUCGUCGCAUUAGGAAAUGCCUUACAAAGACAUGGUCACCGUGUCCGUAUCGCAACCCAUGGCGUUUUUGCCGAUUUCAUUCACAGUUCCGGACUGGAAUUUUUUCCUAUCGGUGGGAAUCCAGCAGACUUGAUGGCAUACAUGGUCAAGAACCCUGGCCUUCUUCCUCAGAUGGAAACUCUACGAGAAGGAGAAAUCUGCAAGAAGAAGAUCAUGAUUGGAGAGAUGCUGGAAGGGUGUUGGAGGUCCUGUGUUGAACAUGAUCCAUAUACCCAGGAACCAUUUGUGGCAGAUGCUAUUAUCGCUAAUCCGCCAAGUUUUGCACAUAUUCAUUGUGCUCAGGCGUUGAGCAUUCCUACUCACUUGAUGUUUACGAUGCCCUGGAGCAGUACCAAGUCUUUUCCGCAUCCUUUGUCUAGUUUGACUGCAGACCCGGAGUAUAAGGGCCUUGAUUGUUGGGCCUCUUAUGGUGUAGUGGAAUGGCUUACAUGGCAAGGGCUAGCAGAUGUGGUGAACAAAUGGCGCGCUUCGAUAGACCUUGGCCCGAUACCGACAACCGAGGGACCAAGCCUACACGAGGGAUUGAAGAUUCCUUUUACUUACUGUUGGUCGCCUGCUUUGGUACCGAAGCCACAAGACUGGCCAGCUUAUGUUGACGUCUGCGGAUUCUUUUUCCGAGACCCUCCAGAAUACGAUCCUUCGCCCGAGCUUCAGGAAUUCUUGUUACUAGGCACGCCUCCAAUAUACGUUGGCUUUGGGAGUAUCGUCGUGGACGAGCCCGAGAGAUUGAUAAACACUGUUCUAGAAGCGGUCAAGGCAAGUGGGGCGCGGGCAGUCAUCUCCAAAGGCUGGAGUAACAUGAACGGAGCUGAAGACGAAAACAUCUUUUACAUUGGAGACUGUCCACAUGAAUGGCUUUUCCAGCAUGUGGCUGCUGUGGUCCAUCAUGGAGGAGCCGGAACCACCGCAUGUGGAUUAGUGAACGGAAAGCCAACUGCUAUUGUACCGUUCUUUGGAGAUCAGCCGUUUUGGGGUGAGAUGGUCGCCAAUGCCGGCGCGGGACCAAGACCUAUUCCUCAUAAGGCUCUCACUAUUCAAAACCUUACAGAGGCGAUCAAAUUUUGUCUUACACCAGAAGCUACAGUCGCCGCACAAGAACUUGCCCGCAAGAUGCAAACUGAAUGUGGUGUUGAUGAGGCUGUCAAAUCAUUUCACCGCAAUCUUCCGUUGGAACGAAUGCGCUGCAUGAUCAUACCAGAUCAGGUUGCAGUGUGGAAUUAUAAGAAGAAUAAGAGGAGCCUGAAUCUGUCAAAAAUGGCAGUACAGACAUUGAUUGAGUACUCGAGAAUAGACACCGAAAAUCUCCAAUGGUAUGUGUACUUGUCCGAUUCCUAUUACCAAACAUAUCUAACAGGUCGAAGCCAUGACAUAAAUCCAAUUACGAUCGAGAACCGUCGGUGGGAUCCCUUGACCGGCGUCAUUUCCGCUGGUAUAUCCACAGGUACUCGAAUGUUAAAAACAAGCACCGGCAUGCUCUACGAGCCCUUCAAAGAGCUUAGGCGAGCCAAAUCAUCCCCGGCAUCCGAGCGAAACCAACCCAUCUUCGGAUCAAGUGAGAAUGUAUCAUCACUACGUUCUACAUCCACAACCAGCCAAACUGGUAGCGAACGCGCCACCAGUCCCAGGAGCCCUUUAACAACAGCUGGAGACAUGGCUGGAGCAUCACUAAACAGCUUUGGAAAAUUCACAACGGGAUACUUUAAGGGCGUUCUCGUUGAUAUCCCGACCGCAGCAGCCGAUGGAUUCCGACAUGUAUCCCAGGUAUAUGGAGACAAGCCCAAGGAAUAUGGCACUGUGACGGAUUGGAAAUCCGGUGCCAAAGUCGGUAGCAAAAACUUCGUCGGUGGCAUGAAAGAAGGCAUCACGGGUCUAGUCAAGCAUCCUUGGAAAGGUUAUCAAGAGGACGGUCGACAAGGUGCCUUAAGGGGGUUAGCGAAAGGUGCAAUUGGGGUCGCCACAAAAGCAUCAUCAGCUGGAAUCGGGAUAUGGGCUUAUCCCUCGCAGGGCAUUGCGAGGAGUAUUGAAGCAAAGUUCCGAGGAAAGACUCGCAAGGCAGUUGUCGUUGCACGGCUUAUGGAUGGCUAUGCUCAGACUAUUGAGAUGCAGCUUUCGGAGGAAAUGAAGCAGGAAAUUGUCCGGGAGUUUGAUCGGCUUAUGGGACUGGAUUAG